AUUUCAUUAAUGAUAUUUACAGGAUCUCCAGAAAAAGAAGCAAUGAUGGGUUAGGUUAAAGACAUUUAUAAUUUGCCUUCAAAAGAAUUUGGGCCAUAGGAUGAGAAUGUAAUUGAAUGUGAAGAUGUAUCAAAAGGUAUCCUAAUCUUUAAUCUUACAGAGUUUAACCUUAUUGGAAGGGAUGAGAAGAUAUAUGCUCUUAAGGAAAUCAAUUUAAAACAAAAUGAUGAAUUUUAUCCUAUAAAAAGGGGAGAAUUUGUCAUUAUUAGAGGUCCCUCUGGUGGUGGAAAAACAACAUUCUUAAAUUAAGUAGGAACAAUUGACACACCUACUAGUGGAACAAUAAGUUACUUAAUAAUUAAUAUAAUAGGAUUAUUAGGAAAGGAAGUCAAUAAGUUAUCAAAAGACUCAUAUUUAAGCGAACUUAGGUUGACAACUAUUGGAUUUGUCUUCUAGACAUUUAAUCUAAUCGCUACAAUGACAGCUUAUGAAAACGUAGAGUUGCCCAUGAGAAUUUUGGCUAAAUUAGUAACAUAAUAAUAUAUGAAUUUAAGUCAGAGAAAGAAAUUAAAAAAAGAGUCAGAGAAUUGCUGAAAAGUGUGGGACUAUAAGAUAGAAUGGAUCAUUUACCAUCAGAGUUAUCAGGUGGUGAAUAAUAGAGAGUGGCUAUAGCUAGAUCUUUGGCUAAUUCACCUUAAAUUUUAUUAUUGGAUGAACCUACAGGAGAUUUAGAUUCAAAAUCAACAGUCGAGGUCAUGGAUAUCUUAUUGAAACUCAAUAAUUUUGGAUAUGAUGAAUCUAAUCCCACACCUUGCACUAUGGUUAUGGUAACUCAUAAUCCUGAUCUUGAAUGCUAUGCUCACAGGAUUAUAUAUAUUAAAGAUGGGAAAAUAGAGAAAUAAGCUAUAAAUGAAAGAUAAUCGCCAUUAAGAUAUGAAUAAUAUCUACACUAUCUUAACAGUUAGAACUGAUUGUUAGUGAAAUUAAUUUAUGGG